GUUUUAGUCAAUGUUGGCAACGAAUGACAUUUAAAGUGUGACAUUUAUUGUGAAGGUGUUUAGAUAAAUGGGUGAUUAAAAUUCUUAAACGAAUUUUUAUUGUUAUUUGGUGAUAAAUUUCGUUUGAUUGGUUAUCACAAGAAUUCAACAAUGUUCCCCAAACGGUUCAAAUUGGGCUCAGCCCGGAAUAACGAAUGGAGGUGUUGUUUUUGUUUGCAUGUCCGCACUGCGACUAUUUUGCUCGGAAUCUGGCAUUUAAUAUUGCACAUAUUGGCACUGGCUGUAUUGGCAUUGCUGAUGCGCAACCAUAAUGUGAUUAUGCAACAUAAUGCAGAAUUUGAACAGAGCAAUUUUUUGCCAACUCCUUUGAGCAAAAAAGUCAAGGAUGAGGAUAAUCCCUAUUAUUUGCCCACGACGCAGGAUGGGCGCACUAUUUAUUCAUCGGACAUUGAUAUGGGCGCUUUAAUGACCGUCUGUACCCUUUCUAUCACCUUGCUGAUGGUGUAUGGUACAAUUAGAGGCAAAGCCACCCAUUUAUUACCCUUCUUCUGUUUACAAUUAUUCGACUUUGCAAUCACCACAUUGACAGCCACCGGCUACUUCUGUUAUUUGCGUUCAGUCCAUCGCCUGGUCGCCGAACACUGGCACAACCUCCCUUUCCGUAACGAACUCCUCAAACUCAGUCCUCAGUACCUCUCCCUCCUGGUCCUCGCCGCUUUCCUCAUUUCCAUGCUAUGGAAAGCCUAUUGCAUUGGCAUAGUGUGGCGUUGCUACAAAUACCUAACUUUGCGACAACAGUCGCGCAACAAUACCAUCCAUUACAUCCUUCCAACUGAAGGUUCCGAUCGGUUACCAGAACCGGACUAUUCCACUUUAUUGCGCGAGCAGGAGGCGGCCUUUGGCGGCGCUUUGAAAAUGACGCCGCCGCCCUCCUAUCAGGACAUUAUGGAGGAUCAGCCGCCCCCAUAUCCCACCGUUUUGGUCAAUGAAGUGCAUAGUCCGGGGACUUACAGGGUGGAAACGGAGGCACAGCAGCCCCAAGAGGCCGCCGCUGAGGCAAGCAACGAGGGCCGAGAGGGAGAGAAGAAGGAGGAAGAGGAGGGUAAUAAUAGUAAAUAAACGAUUAUUGGUGUAGUCAUAGUUAUUAUAACGAAGUGUGCACUUCUUUCAAUUCAAUAAAUCGAUUUUCGUGUCAACAUUCCACAGUUUGAGUAGAAGCACUUAGAAAACAAAACGAGAAUUCAAAUGUGUAUUUUAGAUUAAAGAAAUGAGUGUUUCCUAACUAAUAACGAAGUUUAUGUAACAUAUCUUAUGCUAAUUACGGUUUCAAGAGUGUACUCUUUCAAUGUAUAGUCGGUUUUAUUUAUUUGAAGGUUGACUGAACUUUAGAAUUGCUUUAAUUUUUAUAUGUGAGGCGCAAGGCCAAGUCGGCCGGCUGAAUAGGUUGUUCAGUAUCUAUAACAUGUACUUUAAAAGUAAAUAUAGCUCGAAAAAUG